AUGGCUAUUUCUAAAAAAGCAUUAGUUGAGCGGAUAUGUGCAAAGACGUUCAAGUCUAGUCUUACAUGCUCAAUUUUUGGGUUUACUUUUCUUUUUAUUCUUUAUUUGCUUGAUUGGUCUCGCAUCGCUAGGUUUCCUCCGACAAAGUCGCUACCGGGACUAGAUGUUGAGCGUGCUUGGAAUGACUUGAAAUUCAUUUCGCUACUCCCUCAUCCUUACAAUUCAAAGCAAAACGAGGUUGUUCGUGAUUAUUUACUAGACGAGCUGAGACCACUAGAAGAAAGUAAUCAGCCUUAUGUUACAGUUAUAGAUGACCUCUACACGAAUAUAACAUUCGAGUUAGAUAACAAGUCUGACCUGGUCUACUUUGAAGGAAAUAAUAUCCUAAUACAUUUCCAGGGGAAAAACCGACAAAGACUACCUAUACUUCUAUCUGCUCAUUAUGAUUCUGUGUCGACCGGUAAAGGUACCACCGAUGAUGGCAUGGGAGUUGCUGCUACGUUGGAGCUUUGUAGAUAUUAUGCGAAGCAUCAGCCAGAGCGAGAUUUAAUAGUAAAUUUCAAUAACGCUGAAGAAGAUUAUUUAUACGGCGCUAGGGCUUUUGCUGCUCACGAGCUUUCCAAAAACGUAACAGCCUUUGUUAACCUCGAAGGAGCUGGAUCUGGCGGGAAGGCAAUGCUGUUUCGAUCUUCUAAUCAUUACGUUACAAAAGCUUAUUUUCGAAAGAAUAAGUAUCCUCUUGCAUCAAUAUUAGGCUCAGACUUUUUUAAGCGAAGAAUCAUUCGCAGUGAAACAGAUUAUAUCGUGUAUGAAAAUAUGCAUAACGGAACUGCUGGUCUUGACAUUGCUUUUUAUGAAAAUAGAAAUAUUUAUCAUACCGCUAAAGAUGAUCUGUCACAUGUUAUGCCUAAAUCUUUGAGACAUAUGAUGUAUUCUGCUUUUCGUUCUGUAAAUAAUUUACUUGAUGAACCCAGGAAAGACUUGACAAAAUUCUCAAAACCCACAUUCUUUUUGUUAUUUGGAAAGUACUGGCAAUUUAAAUAUCCUUUAUAUCAGAUGACAAGCGUCGUAUUAGUUGUUGUUUGUCCGAUAAUUUUACUCUCGAUUUUGCUUCGGUUCCCUUCUUUGUAUACUCAAAUAAAGAAGAAAAGAUACAUGGCUUGUUUCCUCUUAUCAUGUGUGUUUGUGUUUGUAUUUGAUGCAGGGACUGUACUUUUCUUGACUUGGUAUAAUCCAUAUCUUAUCAAUGCUCAUAGUGGACUUGUCUCUGCUUUGUUUUAUUUGACUAAUUUGAUUGCUCUGGCUUUCUCGUUUCGUACAGCUGCUACUCAUAGUAAGCUUUCAUCAGAAGACUUAAGCUGCAUUGAAAUUGUCCUCAUAUGGUAUGUUCAAAUGCUAUGGUAUGCAGUAUUUUUUAUAUCUGUAGUACUUUCUUUACACUAUGAAUUGAGUUCCACAUACUGGGUUACGCUUUCCUAUUUAAGCACUGUCUGCUGCUGUAUAUUAACGUUAAUCCGAAUCCAUUAUUUCGUUGAUAACGUUGAAGACAUGAAUUUUACACGCGAAGAACGAUCCCUUCUUGGUGUUCCGUCUUCGAAUCAGUCUCAAUAUGGUUCUGUGCCUCAACAACCUCUCAUCCACAGGCCUUCAAACCUAUCUACUAAAAAAGCCCAUGCAAAGCUUAAAGAUAACAUUUGGUCUGUUCUAUAUUUCAUUUUCAUUGUACCUCUUCCCCUAUUUUUGUGUUAUGACAUUUUGAAUGAGGUGAUCUUGCCAGCCGGGAGUCAAACUUUGACUGAUGCUCCAUUUUCUAAUAAACUGUAUAAACUGACGAUAAUCAUCGCCUUCUUCUCGAUGGUGAAUAGCGGACCCUUUAUAUUCCGUGCAUUAUCUAAGAAGUCCACUGCAGUCUUGACAAUGCUUUGGAUAACGCUUCUUGUGCAAGCCUUGUUCCUUGACCCUUUCGACGAAACUCAUCCACUGAAGUUGGCGACUUUUCAAACAUACAAUUUAAAUAAUGGAAAUCAUACCUUUUAUGUCAAGAACAUUACUCCUUUUACAGAUCAGAUCUUGCAAUUCAACCCUUAUUAUACAGCAAAUGGCGGUCAAUGCGAUGAUACUUAUUGUUCUUUUGAAUCUGUCAAACCUUCUUUUGAAGUGAAUAAUCCUAUUGUGUACGAGCUAAAUCAAGGGAAACAUCAAGUGGAUCUUACAAUCCGCGCCGAAAGUAAGUGGUGUACAGUUAACUUUAAUGAGUCUGUGUUUGUUGAAGACUUAAAUGAAAACAGGAUAAGUAAGGUAUAUAAGUCUAUCCGUAUGGGCCAAAGAGAAUUCCUAAAGCCUUAUACUCUUAAUUUAACCAUUACGGAACCGACAGCUACCGAAAUAACAUGCUCAUACGAUGAUAUUACUGAUGGUACAAUCCCUGCUUACGAAAAUUUCCUCCAGCAUUUACCUGCUUGGUCGGUUGGUACAAAAGCAAGUACUGGCUUGUUGAAAGUCUCAACUUCUUUUACAAUGACAUGA